UUGACCGCAAAUGUAAUAUUCUGCAGUUGCUUGUUUAAUUUGUUACCACAAACCAAUCAACGAACAGACUGUGGGGUGUGAAUCGAGGAUUGGCUGCUUUAGCUUACAUUACGUAAUGAACGUGACGGGGUGACUGCUGAAGCUAAGACACGCUAGCUAGCGAGCUUGUUUCAGUAAUCCGAGCGGAACUUUGAUACAGUUUAGAAGACAUUAACCGGAGCAGCUUGUGAAGCUCAAGCAUCUGACACCCGUUUAUCUGUGCUUUUACUAACUUUCUGUAACUUUUCAAAUGGCUUUGGUGACGGCGAUAAGACUGUGUUUUUCGGGGAGGACGGCAGCUCUCGCUCCGGCUGCCUGGCUCAGCGGGCGGAGGACUUUAACCUGCAGUACACAGCCUCUCAGAUCAGACAAUAAGGUGACAGUCCACUUCAUCAAUAGAGAUGGAGAGAAGAUCACAGUGAAGGCGCCAGUUGGAGACUCGCUGCUCGAUGUUGUUGUUAAUGAAGACCUCGACAUCGAUGGUUAUGGAGCGUGCGAGGGAACAUUGGCGUGCUCCACGUGCCAUUUGAUCUUCGAUGAGGAAGUCUACAAGAAGCUGGGACCAAUCUCGGACGAGGAGAUGGACAUGCUUGACCUGGCGUAUGGCCUGACUGACACGUCUCGUCUAGGUUGCCAGAUCUGCCUGACGAAGGCUCUGGACGGGCUUGUCGCCAAGGUUCCUGAGAGUGUAGCUGACGUCAGACAGAGCAAAGACGGAUCAUAUUAACUGGCAGCCUGCUGCAAA